CACUCUUAUUGAGAAACUGAGAGCCGCCGCCUCUCUCGUUCUAAUAACGUGUGAUGGCCACACUGCUGCUACUGUGAGGUGGCAGUGUCUGCAACAAGGCUCAUGUUCCCCAGCGUCCUCAAGUGGCAAUUACUUCUCCAAGCCCCAGCGUCUGGGGUUGCCAUUUAUGCCUCUGUUUUGAUCUUUAGUGCACAGGCCGUCGCGUUCGUUCUCGGUGUGGUCGCCACGGUGUUGCACUUCCUGCUCGGCAUAUACUCCUGCUUAGCCCUGUCGAGACCCGGAUACCGCUACGUCUAUGUGGUCCCUUGCUGCCUUGCCAUAAUAUGUGCCGGGCUCUGGUGCGGACCGUUGUACUACUUUGCCCGGAGCGUGGCAUGGCCUCGCGUUGGCUGGUUAGGAAGCACGAGUUUGGAGAAGGACACGGAUUGGCCACGACUAUCGAGAUGGGCCAAGGGCGGAUGUGCCAUGUCUGUUAUGAGCAUUCUCUUGGACCUCGUGCUCCUGGGCUUACUGCUUCCCUCGGGGAGAAGGCGGGAGAACCAAAACUCGGAUAAGGGCUCCUUUACAUCAAGCACUCUCGAUACCCCCCCGCAAGUAUGGCUCUUCCCCAUCAUGCCCCCCUCCUACCCAACACAGAACCUGACCCGCCUUCAGCUUCCACCCCUGUCCCCUAUUCAACAUCAUCGCAUCUCCCUACCCUACGCAGCUCCGGAGACACCUGGUCCAGAUCGAAACCAACACAUUCCGCCAACAAUCUUCAUUGUUAAACCAGCGGAUGAGCCCAGAGUCAAGGCAACUGAGAAACAACUGCCACCACUACCACUACCGCUCCCACCGUCACCACCACCCUCCUCCCCUCGGAUUCCCUCGGACACAAUCAUAGAACCCGCAACCGGCCGCCUCAACCGUGUAGCCCUGAUCCUCGCUCUCACUCGCCUCCAAGACCCUCGCACCGGGACCUGGGCCCCGACCGCAGAGCUCACCGGACUCCUGCAAGCCUGGGCGGGCGGCCGGAGAGCGAUCAGCAUCAACCUCAACAUCGGCGGCCACGGAGCGACGGCGCUCGCCCACGCCUGCCUGAUCGACCUGUGCCAGACGGUAUGGACGGCACAGCGCAAGGGCACGGAAGCCGCCGUCCUGAGCGCUGAGGAGCUGCGGUCCCUGGAGCGCGUAGGCUGGAAUCUGGGGUGGGUUGCGGAGAGGAUCCGGCAGGCCGGGGCCUGGCUGGAGAGGAGAAACAGGUAGCGAGCCAUUCGGCGCACAGUGGAGGGCGGUUUAGAUCCUGGGGCGCCUUAACACGUGAAGGGAAGAGCAACUACCAGAUUCACGAUCAAGGGGAAGGAGAUAGACAUUGCAUUGGGGCGGGCAUCGGGAGGCGUUCCGGGAGAAGAGGAUGGUACUGCGUUUUGGUCAGAAGCGGCGCG